UCUCUGCGUCGCGUUCUUCGCUCCGUCUGUAUCCGCUCUCUGAGGCCGCGCUCCCCGUGGUCGCCGGAAAUGACGAACUACGGCACGAUUUCGACGUCACCGCCGGGGGACUUGAACCGCGAGUACGUAUCCCGCGCAAAGGAGCGGCUGAGGUCGGGCCUGGCGACGCGACGGCCGUGGCGGGAGCUUCUGGCCUUCCGAUCGUUCGGCCGGCCGGCGAGCUUCAACGACGCGGUUUCGCGGGCGAGGACGAACGCCGUGUACUUCCGCGCCAACUACGCGAUUUUCGUGCUGACGGUGCUGUUUCUGAGCCUCCUGUGGCACCCGAUCUCGCUGAUCGUCUUCAUUGUGAUGAUGGCGGCGUGGCUCUUCCUCUACUUCCUCCGGGACGAGCCUCUGAUGCUCUUCCGCCACAUCGUGGACGAUCGGGUGGUGCUGAUCGCGCUCUCGAUCCUCACCAUCGUUUUUCUUCUGCUCACUCACGCCACCGUCAACAUUGUGGUGGCGCUGCUUGUAGGAGCGGCGGUGGCGGUGCUUCACGCCGCGUUCAGGAAGACCGACGAUUUGUUUUUAGACGAAGAGGCCGCCGAAGCCGAUGCCGGUGCCGCCUUAUUCGCCGGCGUCGCUUCCACUUCCGCCACCGGCACCGGCGGUGGUGUUAAUCCUUCUUCUUCUUCCUCCUCCUAGUAGCGCAGAAGUUUGAAAUUGUUUAUAUAUAUAUAUCGAAGGCUGUGAUUAUGUUAGAAUGGAGAUUUGAUUUAUAUGCCUUUGAUUUCUUUCUUAAUUUUGCUUGUGUGUUGUAUUGGCAUUCUUCAUUUUGCUGUAUGUCUUUUCUUUUUAAACCUCCUUUCAUCUUUCUGUUGUAAUCUCUUGAAGGGUCUUGUAAUUUGUUGCCUUUUUUUUUUGGUGGGUGUUCUCAUUCAAAUUUUGAAUUUUAAAUUAUGUAAUAUUUUAACAAAAUGCAAAUCAAUAUAAAAUUAUAAUAAUUCUGUAA